GAUUCAUUUUACAAAUUCAGUUUUCUUGGAAAUAACGAAAUGUGAUCAAGUUAGCGAAAUGAAUUGUUAGUUUAAAAUUAAUCUCGAAUGCAAUUUAGCCUGUGAUCUGUUAAAUUUAUUCAUUUUAAUUAUUGUUCCAUCAUUACAAUUGUCUUUCUUUCUUGGAAAUUCCCUGAUUGUGAUUCUUUCUUAAUCUUGACGAAAUGUUGUCAGGUCGUAGUAAAUGGCGUAAAUACACUGGUUCUGGGGGAUCAGUUGAUGAUUCUCACGAUGUUGAAGCUCGAUUAGCUAAAUUAAAGAGGGUAAUUACGUCGACACACUCACGGGUACAUCGUGACCUUCCAGGACAUAGUCAUUUUCAUCGCAUCUUUCAUGGUACUCGACUUGAUAGACGUGAUCUUGGUAUCGACUGUGAUGAAGUUUAUCCAAAUCUUUUUAUCGGAGAUGAAGGUUCAGCUCGAAAUAAAAGUUACCUUAAAUUAAUUGGAAUCACUCAUGUGGUCAAUACAGCGGAAGGUUCACAUUUCUCACAAAUCGACACCGGAGCCCAUUAUUACAGCGAUGUUCACAUCAAGUACAUGGGACUGAACUUGUUGGACAUUGAAUCGACAAAGAUAUCGAUCCAUUUUGGCGAAACCGCUGAAUUCAUUGAUCGAGCCUUAUUAACAGGUGGUCGGGUUUUGAUCCAUUGUUAUAUGGGUCUAAGUCGAUCAAGUACAAUCGCUUUGGCCUAUUUGAUGAUAAAGAAAGGAAUGACCGCCGAAGAGGCUUUAAGAACCGCUCGACAAUCGCGAUCAAUUAGACCCAAUGAUGGAUUCUUGCGACAACUGAUUGACCUUGAGUUUCGAAUUAGAACCGCAGGUGGUUUUCGGUGACAGUUUUGAUUCUUUGGCCGAAACUGUUAUCAUAAAUGUUGAAUUGUCUUCCUCUCUCUCAUGUUAUUAAUAAAAAGUAUUAAUUGUGACGAAAGGAUUGAUUAAACUUGAAUUGAAUUUGAUAAUUGAAUAAA